UGAAAGCUAUCCUCAUGCGUCACAACUUUGCAAACUGUUGACCCUUCAGUUCCGCGCGAAAGGCAACCCAGGAUUGUAGCAGAGCGACCACCAUUUUUAGUGUUCAUUCGCGCUUUACGUGGGAGAAGCACGCGAAACGUUCCGAACGAUGUCUGUCCUGUUCUGACCUUUAACCUCGUCGUCCUUGAGAGAAAGCGAUUGCCGGCGGUGGCGUCCCGCCCACCGCGAUGAGAAAGCGGGAUGGGUGACGGGGCGAUGAAAGGCGGUUACCCACCGGUGCGUGUUUGUGAUUCCACAUGCCAAGAGUCGCUUUUCCUGUCUCGCCACAGUUUGCCAGCGCCGUGACGCCGGGAUAACCUCGCUUCGCUGGAAAAGCCCCCGUUGUGAAUGACGCAGAGGUCACGUGACCGGAACCUACCUCGUUGACGAUUGGUCAGAGUGCGGAUGGGGUUGCAUACACAGGGCGAGGGGUGACAAUCAGCGGUGUCAGCCGCAGCAGUAUGCAAUCAGGCACGUUCCACUAAUUUAUCCCAACGGUUGGAUCGGAGGGAUCAUGUUGUUAUAAAGCCGCCACGCUUUCGUAAAGUGGACAACAAGUGUCGUCUGCAACUUGUAGGCACCAGGACCGUCGUCGUGUGGCUGAAAAACACCUUGCGGCAAAUAUUCGCUAGUAGGCCAGUGGGGCUCUCAUCACCGUCAGGAGUAAGACUAUACACACCUGCUGAGAAAGGCGAUAAGGCUGCGUGACCCAGCUUGAGCGAGAGACCGCGACCACUGCAGUAACUGAAAAAGCCGAGCGUUUCAUGGGCGUGUGAGGACGGCGAGGGAAUAUAGGAGGCAAUGGGAAACUGCAUCACCGGCCCGAGCUCCGAGUUCGUCAUCUACGUGCGCACUGGUGACCGCCGCAAUGCCGGCACCGACGCCAACGUGCGCAUCAUCCUGCACGACGCCAACAACCACAGCUCCGAGAAAAUCACACUGGACAACUUCUUCCGCAACGACUUUGACCGUGGCAAGAUGGACCAGUUCCGCGUGCCCAGCAAGCAGCUGCACAGCGUCGAGCGCCUGGGCAAGAUCGCCCGCAUCGAGUUCUGGCGAGACGACUCCGGCCUGGGCAGCGACUGGUACGUGGACAAAGUCAUCGUAGAGAACCGCAAGACCAACGACUUGUUCGUCUUCCCGGUCUUCCGCUGGAUCCGACCCGGCUGGCAUUACAUCAUCAAGCACCUGGACACCUCGCUGCCGCAGUUUGACGAGUACGCGGAUCAGCGCCGCAUGGAGCUUGAGGAGAAAAGAAAGACAUACGUCUUCGCGCAAAAAGCUCCCGGAAUGCCAGCGCAGGUAAAAAGCAUGCCUCCAGAUGAACAGUUCUCCAAUGAAUAUAAGUGGGACAUAGUGAAGACAAAGAUACAGUUGAUUGCCACAAGCAAGAUUGUCAUGUUGACGUCUGGUAACUGGGAAAGUCUCAAAGACCUGCGGAAUGUCUACACAGACCAUGUCUUCAACCUGCCAUCAGGAGCAGACAGGUGGAGCAAUGAUCUCUUCUUUGGACUCCAAAGACUAAAUAGCCUUAACCAUUCCUUGAUCCAGCUUUGUACAAAAAUUCCAGAAAAGUUUCCAGUAAAUGAUAUCAUGCUGGAACCAUUGCUAGAGGGUUUGACAAUACAGCAAGCCAUUGAACAGAAGCGUCUUUUCAUCUGUGACCUCAAAAUUUUGGAAGGUCUUUAUGUUCGGCCAGACUUUGUGCUCUGUGCACCAAUGGCCCUGUUCUUUGUGGAUAGUGAAAAGCAGCUACGGCCACUUGCAAUCCAGCUGUUCCAGGAACCAGGACCUGAUAACCCAAUUUUUCUUCCAACUGAUCAUUCACUCACAUGGGCUUUGGUCAAGAUGUGGUACAACAGUGCAGAUGCUGCUUAUCACCAGUCAUUGACACACCUUGGCUUUACACAUCUCCUUAUGGAAGGCGUAGUCGUGGCAACGCACCGGCAGUUGUCCCAAUCUCAUCCCAUUUUUAAGCUCUUGGCGCCACACUUUUUGUACCUCAUUGCUAUCAACUCGCGUGGUCUGGAGCUGCUGGUGAGUGAAAAUGGCUGGGUGGACAAGACUAUGAACUUUGGCAUCAAAGGCAUGUUCGAGCUCAUUAGGCGUGGGAUAGAGAUGUGGCGGUUGGAUCUGCAUGGCACAUUACCAGAAGAUCUAAAACAAAGAGGGCUUGAUGACUUGAGUGUCUUACCGGGCUACUAUUUCCGUGAUGAUGCGUUGCUGCACUAUAAAGCGAUCAACAAAUAUGUCAAGGCUUAUGUUGCACUGUACUAUGAUACCCCAGAAAAGCUAGCUGAGAUUGUGAGAUCCAGGCAUGGGUUGCAGAAUUGGUGAAACCCAGAGAUGGUGAAAAUGGGGGCUGCGGUCUUCUGGGUGUGCCAGGCAAUGGAAUUUCACAUCAAAUGAACAGCUUACAGCUGUUUUGACUACUAUUAUCUACACAUGCAGUGUUUCACAUGCCUCCACCAACUUUCCACAGUAUGACGAGUAUGGUUUCCCUCCAAACUAUCC